UGCAAAUGCCGGUUCUUGGCUGCACUUUCCUCACGCUGUCAGAUCGUGAGGAAAGUACUGCCGAAAACCGGCAGUUGUCAGAGCGGGGAUCAGCACCGAUCAUCAGGGUCACUAAUCACCAGUGCCCUGAUGAUUGGUGCCCAGCAGUGCCACACACAAGUUCCACCCACCUGUGCCCAGCAGUGCACCCACCUGUGCCCAGCAAUGCACCCACCAGUGAGCCCACCUGUGCCCAGUAGUGCCACCCACCUGUGCCCACCCACCUGUGCCCACCAGUGCCACCCACCAUGUGCCCAUCAGUGCAGCCCAGCAGUGCUGCCAGUCAGUGCCACCAGUCAGUGCCAGCGGUUGUGCCAGUCAGUGCCGCCAGUCAGUGCCCAGCAGUGAUGUCAGUCAGUGCC